GGCCGUGUAAAAGGGGGUGGCGCGCAUUGGUGAUAAAGAGGCGCCAUCUAUUCGUAGAGUACCCGGCCACCCUCGAAACACCCGUCGUGCAUAAACCGCGCUCGUACUUUCCCGUAUAAUUGCGGCAAUUCAGUGGCAGCCGAUCGAGCCAGUGCAACCGUGCCUUAAUAAAGUGACCAGUGUAUGCCUUUGGGGAAAGGAGAUAGAUAAAGAAUGGACAUACUCCUAAGGGACAUGAACGUUACGUGGCGAUGACAAGCCUGAUCUUGGAGAACGCGGACUUAAACCGACUUUUUCCAAAAUGCCGGCCUAGGGGCGGCCCACCCCCGCCCCCGGGGGGCUCCACGCAGACCAGCCAGCCGCAUGACAACCCUUGCCAAACGGAGCCUGCCUCUGUUACCACCAUCAUCACCACGUCCUCCACCGUCACGAUUGCCUCUGCUAACGACACCAUCAUCACCACCACCCCUUCUUCGAAUCUUCUUUCCGCCAUAUCUGACGACAUGAUCGACCUUGAGCGCGACACCUCCGACAGGUAUAGGAAACGAGCGAAUGGCAGAAAAAAAUCAGCUUCGCUGUCCCGUAGGACGGCGAGCGUGGUGGCCGGUUAUGGUGCCGAGGGCCAAUUGCCGAUCGGUACAUCUACGAAGAAGGCAUUAUCCUCGAGUUCGUCCUCGGCAUCAGGACGAUCCGAGGAUGCACCUCAAUAUGGCAGCCUGGCGGGUAGCGAUCAUCAGACGCAAUCCCAACAAGAGGACAGCGGACCCGAGGAGAGUCCCGUUUAUAUUUUGACCUCCGCCAAGGGAGAUCGUAGCUACAGAUUACGUGACUCCAGAAUUAUAGAAAUUGCUGGUGGUCGAGAAGUAUUUUCGCAAAGCCGAGGAAAAGUAGCAGCAAGGAAAUCACGCUUUCAUGCUGCAUCCAAUUCAUUAAAUAACGAAGAUACUCAAGCAGAUAACAAGUUAUCCAUUAAGAAAAACAAUAAAUCACCGAGCACGCAAACUAUUUGGGAAUUACGAAGCCGAUGUGGUGAAACAAGGAAACAACGUACAAACCGAGAGGUUACAGAGACUGUAUUCUCAUCCGAGGUGCAUUCAGUACGACGUAAUCCUACCAAGUCUAUCCUUGAUUACGAUUCUCCUAAAAGCAAUCGUAGCAAUUGUAUUAUUAAUUAUGAUUCAAUUUUAAAUAGCAAUAAUGUAGAAUACAGUGUACCUAAAAGUAUUACUGAUCUGGAUUAUGGGUUGUCGAAAAACUGUGUAGAUUAUCAAUCUAAUCACACUACACCUGCAAGAAGUAUGGCUAUUGUUAGUGACGGUGAAGUGGUGGUGUUUGACGAUAUAGAUGACAACUGGCAAGGUUUGCGUUUGGAUUUAGCAUCAAAUAAUACAACUCAAGUUACAACAACUAAUUUAGAUUUGGAAACAGAAGAUUCUCAGAGAGGUCGUAUUCCUCCUGAACCGCCAAGUUCUAGCGUUGGUAGCACUCCAAGUCCUACAACAACGUAUCAUCAUAAUACAUCUGAAUUCUUCAAGGUUGUAACAACAGCAAGCGAUUGCGAGAUAGAUUCACCUUCCCCAGAGCGUAACCAUAAAGUUGCAAGAGUGAUAGGAGAAUUACCAAUUGCGCAGUAUUCAGGAAGUCCAAGACGUUAUGGCGUUCGUGAAAAUCCACAACUUCCCAGUUUGUUAUCGUCACCUUCUGUAUACAUGACACCGAGACCUGGUUUUCCACAAAGAGUAUUGCCGACAACACCCAAUCAUAAAGAGAAGGAGGAUGUCUCUGCUGAAAUUAUCGUAGAAAAACCUGUGAUAGAAACAACCAUAGCUCACACAGAAGAUCAAUCGUUAAACGUUUCACCGUCGUCUCCUAAAAUUGAGGAUGAAGAAGAAGAUUCAUUAAAACCACCAGCAUUACCUGCUGACAAUAUAAGUAGUCUUGUAUCACCAGGUGGCAGUACUUUUGAUUACUUGUAUGAAUUUUCUGAAACUCGAAAAGUAUUAGAAGAAUUUUUCAAAUGCCCGCCUCCAUCCAAAGAGAAAGAGAAUAGCAUUGAAUCGUUUCCGUUCCAAGACUUGGAUUAUGAACUGCGAAGACAAGGAGGAAGUUCAUAUGUUGGCCAACGUUUGGCUAGUGGCCCACCCCCUACGGAGGAGGUUAUGGUACACGAAUCACCAAAAAAGCAAAGAUCUGAUUUUCCUCAAAAUACUGGCGAGCACGAAAACAACUUUUUGGAUCUCUCAGUAGGCACUGGAAGCAGUGAAGAUCUUGGAGAGACAGAAGUGGGUUUACAGGUUGGCCACUCGCGUAAUUUCACAUUAAGUCCUGAAACAACUGACUGCGACAGCAAUUGUGGAGAUUUAGAUAGCGAAGUUUCAUUAAUGAUGAUGGAUAAUGAAUUAUUGCCGGCCAGUGGUUUGCUUGGUUCUGUUGGAGAUUUAGGAAAUAACUCGGAUUCUCUUAGAAUCUAUACGAGUAUGCCUGUAUUAGAAGAUGGUUUAUCUAGUGGACAUGCUAGUGACACUGAUAAUAAUAAUCCAACGGUUAUGCUUAUGAAACGGCAAAUAAAUGAAAUAGAAAAGGAAAUUAUUCAAAGGACGCGUAAUGAUAUGUUAGGAACUGAAAAUGAGCCGGUCAAAGAUGUGAGUUUAAAUGUCACAAAGGAUCUCUUGAAUACAUUACAAACAUCAUCGCCUGAUUUAUUUAUUGCGAAGAAAGAAAACUCGUAUGAAACCAAUGAAUUACAACUCGAUGGAUUAGAUCCUUUGGGUACACCACCACCACCUGCGCCACAAGGUAGACAAAGUGUCAAUUUGGAAAUAGGUGGUGAAGUAGAAGCAGCCAUUAAAGAUAUUAGAAUGGCAUUGCAAAGAACUAAAACACUUCCUGUUAAAUCUCCUUCUGAAGAACCACCUGAACCAAGCGUUAGUCCUAUUUGGAUACCAAGUAUAUUGGAUUUCAGGCGGAGAAUAUGCAUGGAAAGUAAUAGCGAAGAUUCGGAAGCACGACGAGGAGGCGACGAAGCGGAUGUAGAGAUAGAAGAAGGUCCGGACGAAGAAGAAGCAGAUACUGAUCUUGAGACUGAUCGAUUAUUAGGACAGCAAAGAACUGACGAUCAAGGAUUUUAUGAUGAUAAAGGGUGGCGGAAGCCUAAGACUAGGACAAUGUUACCACCAAUGAGUGCAAAAAUCGCAACUCCUAAGCAAACCCCUCCUAAAACCUUGAGUGUAACUCCUAUAGAAACGCUAGCAUCGUCCGAACCUUUGCCAUCUACGUCUACUUCCAUUUCUCCACCUCCUGUAGUAUCUGUUAUUCAAUCACCACCUUCUGAACGUGAAGUAACCACCCCUACGCAACCUGCAACAAGUCCACAGAAGACCCCAGUCAAAAACUCUCCCUCGUCCCCUCAGAGUCUGAAGGAAUCUAGCAACAAGGUGAAAAAGGAUAAAGAAGGAAAGAAGAAAAGUCGAAAUAAAGAAGCAUUAUUGGACGAUCCUUCAGUGUUAAUCGAAGGUGUACUCUUCAGAGCAAGAUACUUAGGAUCUACUCAAUUAGUAUGUGAGGGUCAACCAACUAAAUCUACUAGAAUGUGUCAAGCAGAGGAAGCUGUUUCUCGAAUAAAGGAUGGGCCAGUGCCAAUGCAGGCUACGCUCUUAAACUAUGGGGGGCAGCAUGGUUACGGGCGCUGCAGCAUAACUUCGCAAGGAAGCCUAGAGGAAGACGAAUGUGACUCAAGCGAAGAACUUAUAGGGAGUGCUUCUGGUGGGGGCCAGUCCGAGACACACACAAUAGCCGCCCAACCAAAACUGGCCCCGAUCAGUGGCUCCUUGGGGCCCACAACCGUUUUCAGACUACAAUUUCUUGGGUCGGUGGAGGUGGAAGAGGAAGGGGGACGUAAACGGCGUAAGCGCCUUAAGAAUCACAUGGUGGAAGAGGCUGUGACUAAAAUAAAGGCACUGGCACCGGAUGGUGAAACUCAACCCAGUACCGAAGUCGACCUAUUUAUUUCAACAGAGAAAAUUAUGGUUCUUAACACGGACUUGAAAGAAAUUAUGAUGGAUCAUGCUUUACGAACGAUAUCAUACAUAGCAGAUAUCGGUGAUUUGGUUGUUCUUAUGGCUCGAAGACGAUUCGUACCUCAUGAAAUGGAAGAAGCCCCUAAGAUAAACAGGACUCCCAAAAUGAUCUGUCACGUUUUUGAAAGCGAAGAAGCUCAGUUUAUUGCACAAAGUAUUGGACAAGCAUUUCAAGUAGCUUACAUGGAGUUCCUAAAAGCAAAUGGAAUAGAAGAUCAUAGUUUUGUUAAAGAGAUGGAUUAUCAAGAAGUACUUAAUUCACAGGAGAUAUUUGGCGACGAGUUGCAAAUGUUUGCAAAAAAGGAAAUGCAGAAAGAGGUAGUAGUACCAAAAGCGAAAGGUGAAAUUCUUGGUGUAGUGAUAGUUGAAUCCGGAUGGGGCUCUAUGCUGCCAACUGUAGUUAUAGCUAAUCUGGCACCAGCUGGUGCUGCAGCUCGUUGCGGGCAAUUAAAUAUUGGUGAUCAAAUAAUAGCAAUUAAUGGCGUGUCGUUAGUUGGCUUACCUCUAUCAACAUGUCAGACGUACAUAAAGAACUCAAAAAAUCAAACGGUCGUAAAAUUAACUGUCGUACCAUGUGCACCCGUUGUUGAAGUGAAAAUCAAGAGACCCGAUACAAAGUAUCAGUUAGGAUUUAGUGUACAGAAUGGGGUGAUAUGCAGUUUGUUAAGAGGUGGUAUUGCAGAAAGAGGGGGAGUAAGAGUGGGUCAUAGAAUAAUCGAAAUUAAUAAUCAGAGUGUUGUUGCUGUACCACAUGAAAAGAUUGUUAAUCUUCUUGCCACUUCUGUUGGUGAAAUCCUGAUGAAGACAAUGCCCACUUCAAUGUUUAGGCUAUUAACUGGCCAGGAGUCUCCGGUGUACAUAUAAACGUUCAGUUGCCUGGCUGAUGCGUAGUGAACAGACAAUACAUCUGCCAUCCACUACCACACUAUUUACCACUUUACUGUACAGAUUAUUUCACGCAAAUUGCUUUGUGUUUCAAUUCCAAUGGAGCAGUUCAUACGUCAUCAGCGCUCCUGCUUAGUAAACCAAGACUACCUAGGUACGUUAAUGAAAACGUUACUAAAUAUUUACUCGAGCAUAAUUUAUAUAAUUAUUGUGAUUACCUUAAAUAUACAUAAUAUAUAUAUAUAUAAAAAUAUAUAUAUAAAUAUACACUUUAUUAAAUUAAUGAGAUUUUCUAUGGCAAGUCCUUUGAAAUGCCUUUGAAAAAUUCACUCUUGACAAAAAAAAUUGCAUUCCCAUAAAGGAGAGAAUAGUUGGUCCUAGCGUUUAAAGCUUCAAGCAAGAGUUGCAACUACUCACACGAAUAUGAUGCAAUAAUUCUUGAGCAAAAAUUAAUAAUAAUAUUAAUUAAUUAUAAUUAUAAUAAUUAUAAUAAUAAUUAAUAAUAAUAAUU